AUGCCGGACCAUUUGGGAGAGGACAUGAGAAAGAUACGUAGUGAACCGGAGAAAGGAGAAGAAGAAAUAAAAUCUCUGGACGAAGGCGAUAUUGCUCUGUUAAAAAUUUAUGGCCAAGGACAAUACAUGAAAAGCAUCAAAGCAGUCGAGGAAGAUAUCCAAACAAUAAUCAAACGUGUGAAUGAGCUAACAGGAAUUAAAGAGUCCGACACUGGUCUGGCACCACCAGCUUUGUGGGAUCUUGCAGCAGACAAGCAAACACUGCAGAAUGAGCAACCACUACAAGUUGCUCGCUGCACCAAAAUAAUCAAUGCAGACUCUCUUGAUCCAAAGUAUAUCAUAAAUGUGAAGCAAUUCGCAAAGUUUGUGGUCGACCUAGCAGAGUCGGUUGCCCCGACCGAUAUUGAAGAGGGCAUGAGAGUCGGCGUUGAUCGCAACAAGUACCAAAUUCACAUUCCGUUGCCCCCUAAAAUCGAUCCUAGUGUAACGAUGAUGCAGGUAGAAGAAAAGCCUGAUGUUACCUACAGCGAUGUUGGUGGCUGUAAAGAGCAGAUCGAAAAGUUACGAGAAGUUGUGGAAACUCCUCUUCUACACCCAGAAAAGUUCGUUAAUUUGGGAAUCGAGCCGCCGAAAGGCGUUUUACUAUUCGGGCCACCAGGUACAGGGAAAACACUGUGCGCCAGAGCAGUAGCCAAUAGAACUGAUGCCUGUUUCAUUCGUGUGAUCGGCUCCGAGUUGGUUCAAAAAUACGUCGGCGAGGGAGCUCGCAUGGUGAGAGAAUUGUUUGAAAUGGCCCGCAGUAAGAAGGCAUGUCUAAUAUUUUUUGAUGAAAUUGACGCCAUUGGAGGAGCUCGGUUCGACGAUGGAGCUGGUGGAGACAAUGAAGUGCAACGUACAAUGUUGGAGUUGAUUAAUCAACUGGAUGGAUUUGAUCCGAGGGGAAAUAUCAAAGUGCUGAUGGCAACAAACAGACCAGACACACUGGACCCGGCACUGAUGAGACCUGGCCGUCUUGACAGGAAAGUAGAGUUUGGUCUUCCAGAUCUUGAAGGCCGAACUCACAUCUUUAAGAUCCAUGCACGCUCUAUGAGCGUCGAAAGGGACAUUAGAUUCGAGCUGCUGGCACGUUUGUGCCCUAACAGCACCGGUGCAGAAAUUCGUUCAGUGUGCACAGAGGCUGGCAUGUUUGCCAUUCGAGCUCGUCGCAAAGUGGCCACCGAGAAAGACUUCCUCGAGGCAGUGAACAAAGUCAUUAAGUCCUAUGCUAAGUUCUCUGCCACUCCCAAAUACAUGACUUACAAUUAAACAUAUUAAUUGCAUAAGAAUAUUGUAUUAUCGAUUUAAUUUAAUUGUUAAUCAUAGCUAUACAAUAAAAUGGAACGUGUUCUUUUCUCA